GUGAGAGUAAAGUGUUUUGUCCAAGAGCACAACACAAUGUCCCCGGCCAGGGCUCGAACCCGGACCACUCGAUCCAUACUUGAGCGCAUUACUAACCCGCCUCCCAACUAUGGUUGGGUGUUUCAUGAUUAAAUCAGUCCACUCCCCUCUCUACCCGAUUCCUGGUUACACUUAUGAUGUGAAGUACCUUCCAAGUAUACCCCCAGGUACCGUGGUGUAAGGGGUUAUGCCUGAAUUUUCAGAGGUGAAAAAUAGAAGAAAAAAUACUAAAAAUGUACAGAAAGAGAAAGGUGAAGUUGAUCAUGAAAGGGUACAUCGUAGAGAUGUAAGUUUCAAUUUAAUUGCUGCUUUUGCUUGAAAUGCGUAAAACCGCACAUUAAAUUACAAGUUAACAACAAGUCUAUUCUCCAGUGUUUCGCAGCCUUGGUUUGACCGAGGCAGCAUUUGUUGCCAGGCAAGAGACAAAACUGAAGAGAAGAUUAAGAUCAAAACCGACAAUCCACCAUGUGUGUAUCACGACAUCAUCGCAGUUCAUAUCAUAUGUUCUCAAUUUGUAGUAAGCUGGCUUAGGUAAAUCUACUCCAGACAGCUGUAAAACACGCUUUGGCUUGCCUCAAUUGUAAAAAAAAAAAACAUUUUCAUGCGUUUUCAUCCGAUAGCAGUUUAGGCCUUUCCGCCUUGAUGUAACAAACAAAAUAAAGACUCUGAGAUGGAAGAAGGCGUUCGAAUUCAUGAACAGAGUACAUAGUUCAGCGGAAACUGCAUGGUUUAAAUACUAUAAUAACACUAAUUCCAGUUGAUACACUUUUUUAUCAUGAUUACGAAACGUAGUUCGUGAGACCCAAACGCUGGGGUUGGUCAUCCCGGGGGAUCCUGAAUUCCCAUCUCUUCGUUUUCUUAGAUAAGGGGGUAAAAAUAAUAGGGCCAUAAAAUCCUUGCCAAUGCACAGAGAAAAAAAUGUCGUCUAUUAUUCUUUUUAUGAUCGAGACAAAAUCAGAUGACAUUUCUUUGAAAGCCGAGUCAUUGCGGCAUUUGCGGACAACCCGCCGUGUGUGUCACGAUUUUAUCCUAAUUUUAAUUAGGAUCUUUGGGCAUAUGUUCUUAAUUUGUAGUAAGCAUGGUAGCUUCUUUCGCCCUUUGGCGUAAAUAUAGUAAUAAAAAUACUUUAGAUCAACUUGUUCUCAGUCUGGUCAGUCAUCCAUCACUUGUUUUCGAGAACAAUUCAGGAAUUUUAAUUUCCGCCUUGGUUUUUAAAACAGUUAAGAUCAGAGAAGACUACAACGAGAGCUUGUUGGCGGGAGACAGAAUAGCAUGGUACAUAAUUUAUGAUUUAUAGCCUAACUAUUAUAGUUUGGAAAAUAGUUUGACCGAAAUUCAAAUGUGGAUGCACUGAAAUUUGUUCAGAAGAUCUAGAAGGAAAACGUUGGCAUCAACUUUCGAGGUAAACGGCUCGUCGUUUACGAAACUGAAUAUUGAAUUAUCAGCUCAAUAAUAAACUUAUAUCAGUUGCAACUGAAAAAAUCUGCAUCAGUAUGUUGAAAAGAUUUUAAAGAAAAUUAAAGGGUCAUUUAAGCCUGAGAUGUUGACGAUAUACACUGCAGAAGUCGUACUGAUAUUCAACAUCUUACGGUAACAUUAUCCUGCAAGCAGAGUUGAUUCGACCUUUCAGUCGUCAGGAAAGAUCGAAUCGACGCUUCUGGAAGACUGGAAGGGUGUAACAGCCGUAAAGCUUUGAUUCGUUCCCUUUUUCAAAUUUCGAGUUUUCUUGCGCAAAUGACAUCUAAUGCAUUACUUGUGAUGACCAUUAUAAGAUUUUUGACAACUUUUCAUGUCAAACAAUUGUUUCAUUAACCUUCAUUUAUGGAAAACCUAACUGAGGGUGUCAAUAAACGAGACAGAUGGUUGGUGUAAUCUUCAGAAGGCUAUUCCAGUCUUGGCAUUGACAAGUGAAAAAUUGAUCAUGAUGCGCCGCUGGACAGGUGAUGACAGAAGUCACCCCACAAGAAUUUGUGAUCCUUAAUCUCUAAUCCAGUCCGUCUAUUAUCGAUAAUUGUUGAUAUUUAGCAAUCACAAUGUUUCUUUUGUACUAUUAUUAGUCACUGUGCAGGUGUUUGAAACACUGUUAGCUACGUUCUACAUCGAAUUUUCUUGUGUCCUUUCGGUUAAUGUUUACACGCUGCGUUAUUUCCCUUUGUGGUAACCUUCGUGCUCCUGUCAGCUCUCCGAAGUGGCCGUAUCUUUGAGGAGAGCUGCUCAUCGAAAUUUAUCCAGUUUUCUUUACUGGGCCUGCUUCCACUGGAUGUUUCAUACUCAUGCUUUAAACAUAACGGGCCCAUUGGCCAUGUCUAUUGACAAAAAUAGACCAUAAAUUAAGAGAAAACGAAGUUUAAAUUAACACAAAUACAGGUUAUUGUGAUUGUUUGAUUAAAAUCGCCUUACCUGCUGAUCACGUGUCAACUGCAAUGUUUGUUUUUAAUUUGAAAACUCUGAUCUUUAGAUGUAGAAGAAAUCCAAUGCAGUGGGAAACGAUAAGGUUAGAUACCAAGCAUUUAGGUCACAUGUCAAUUGGACUAUCGAUAUCUAUCUCACUUUGAUAGUGGUCACUGUUUAUCCCAAGGCAUUACACUGCUGUCUAUAAAUUUGAGGAAACCCAGCACCCGAAUGAUGUUCCAUCGCGCUUAAGCCUUCCUUCGAGAGUGAAAUUAUUGCUAUUUCUUGUGAUUAAGAAGUAAUCUUAAGAUUGUUUUAAAGAUAACAAUUGCGUGUCUAGUCCACAUAACUUGAGCCAAGCUCUGCAUUCCAACUGACUGCAGUCACUACAGCAAGCUCGGAAUAAUGACCGUUCAAAGUUCAAGUAAAUCCACUUUUCACCCACUUUAAUUUGAAAAGGGUCAAGAUUUUUAUGUCGAGUUGAAAAGAGAUUCACAAGUGAAAUUGUCCAGAAGAAAAAAAUCAACAACAACAUCCGUGCGGCAAAGGCCCAGAUAUGUUGAAAUUUCAUUUCCUGUUGACAGUGCAGACAGGAAAAAGAUGCAAGCCCCGUUUCCGAAUCUAGGGUCACGCGAAAAAUUCUUCACCAAUAAGAAACACAUGGUAGAUUUAAGCAUGCGAUAAUUGUAAAUAAACUAAAUCGCCAGAAGUAUUUGCUUAUUGCUUUUCAAUAGCCAAAGCCCCGGACCACGUUUUGGAACGUCAACUCCGUAAUUGUGCAAUUUUGGAAAAACAUGUUGAACAUUGGCUAUGAAGUAGAACGCUAAAUUCCCACUAUGGGAGAUAAUGGGAGGGUGUCAACCUAACAGUAAGACCUCUUCAAAGCUCGUGCCUUAGUUACCCCCUACCAAAGACGCCGCGACACGAAACCGUACCUCUAUCCUUUAUAUGGGCGCUGUUACAUAAAAGCAUCCCACUCGAAUUAGUGUCUCUUUGUGUACAGCUGCAGUGAUACGUUGAAAGUUUACUGCUAUCUCGAUAACGAAAAUGUGGCAUAGCGACUUUGGAACAAAUUGGCCCGGCAUGGUUCAGCCGCAGAUGCUUCCAUCGACUUACCUUGAAGACGACGACGACUCGCAUGUGAAGAGGCCGAUGAAUUCAUUUAUGAUCUGGGCCAAAAUUAUGAGGCGUAAAUUUGCUGAGGAGAACCCAAAACUGCACAAUGCAGAAAUCAGCAAACUACUAGGCAAAGCAUGGAAUGAGCUCACCACGAAGGAAAAGCGUCCUUUUGUCGAGAAAGCAGAAAGGCUCCGAAUUCGCCACAUGAAGGAACAUCCAAAUUACCGUUACACACCAAAGAGGCGCUCGCAAGAGCGACGACCAGGCCAGCGAACUAAUUCAACGUACAUCAAUCCAACCUUCAUCAGCAGCAUUUCUAAUGUUGUCAUGAGUAGGCAGGUGUUCGGAAUGCCUCCUUCUCCAGAUCCAAGUUCCAAGGAGAGGCAUUUUUCCUCAACUCAGUACGCGGACAAUGCACAGCAAUAUUACUCCGCAGGAACUGAAGACCGUGAUUGGAACUCCAAUUUGUUCAGAGAAUCAUUAAGCAAUCAGCACGAUUACCAUGUGUACCCGGCGACGAGAUGGGAAAAAGAACACGGCAGAUCUCAUUAUAUCGCAUCAGCUACCCUCGAUUGCCACAAUUCCCAAUUUAAAGCAGGAGUAUGCUUCGCAUCAGAUCGGAACACUACUGAGUAUGACGAUGCCAGAUUUGGUACGAAUGCUGAGCGUGUUUUUUACCCCGUCGAAGCUGGAAGGAAAGAUGUUAUGCUUUCCCCUUGUGCCUAUCAGCCCGGAGAGAUAAAAUCAUCUGAACAUUAUUAUCCUAAUAGACCUCGUUCAUCAGUUGUCAAAAGUGCGGUACAUCCCGCAGGAAGUAGUGGAUCUACAGUACCCACAGACGAUCGCCAACCACACAAAAUAGCAGGCCGAACAAGACUGAGUUCUUGCAGAUUUGCCCAGCCACAAGCUGUUGAAAAUGAAGACGACGAAGGCGAUGAGUAUACUGAACGAAUGAGAGGAAACUCGGGGGCUGUGUUAGAAAACUUUACAGAACUCUUAUGCGACGACUUGGAUAGAGAGGAAUUCAGCAUGUACCUCGCCGAAGCAUUCUGAAAUAUGCACUUUUUCCUCCCAAAGCCUUUUUAUGCAUUGUACCCGGUAUUCAACAGGACUGAAUACGGUUAGGUGGAUGUUACAAAUUUACACCGAGUUGCUUGUGAGCAUGCAGAUUAAGUUGUUAUAUGAUUAUUGGUAGAUGGCCAAAGUAGUUAACGAGUUUCAAAUGGGUUCCAUCAUGCCAAUCCAACACGCUAUUUUUGCAGAUAAACCACACUUUAAGUGUGCUUGGAAUCCUUUUUUCACUGAAAGGGUAGCUCGAGAACUUGUGAACAACAUAUUUGCAAUCUGAUGAUAGAGCCAUGCUAUUAUCCGUACCUUUUUCCAGAAAAGUGUUGUUUACGACGUGACGAAAACCACGCGGAGUUCUCGUGAGUUGAUGCUAUAAUGAUAAGGCGAUGAAAAAAGCCGAGGUUAUCUCUUUCAAUUAAUAGCUUUGUUAUAGCAAGGGUGUAUUGUGUAAAUAGUAAUAAUGAAGAAAGGAACCCAAUAUAGAAAAUGUUAUGAUUUCAUGUACAUCUUUUCUUAAAUCCGGCGCAAAGUGGCGCCUUUUUAGUUGUAAAAUAUCUCGUAGUGCAAGUGCAAUUAAGCAUGAUUGCUUGGUCGAGACAGAGGCAAGUGUUCAUCUUCUUCCAUGGAAGCAUACAAAAAAUCUUGGCUGCUUUUGGCGAGCAGUUGACGAAUUGCCUCGUCAUUUGUUUGGAUGACCCGGCCAGCUUUAAAGAAACGUUGAGAAACAUUUCUCUUAAGUAUGAACCUAAAUAUGAUCAACAUUUUAACUCGUCGAUAUCUUUUCGUUCUUUGAGGUCUGCGGUUGACCCCGCAAAUACCAAACAAAUUUAGCGAUACUGCUCUCCAAGAAAUGCCUUCACUGCAGGCUAAACAAAAAACUCCAUUGAGAUAAAUGCUCCAAAUUGUCGGUGGAGCUAUAGACUGAUAGGGGUUUAAACUACACUGAGUAGCGCUUUUAAGCCUUAUGGAAAGCUCGACGAGUGCCUACUUGAGCACUAUGUGUAGCAGGACUCCUGCUUAGCUGAGGGUUUCUUCUAAAGAUUGAAUCCAGUCCGAGUAUUGUGGGGUAAAAAUCCGGCCUUUCUUAGCUCUCAUCAACUCUCAGUCACUCCUGUAACACAAGCACAAACUCAUUUGACUCCCGAGGAGGUUCGAAUUCGAUGAAUGCGCCAGGAAAUUCCGAGUUAGCCGAUGCGAGUGCAGAAGCACGAUCGGAAUUGGUAUCAAACUAGAGUACAAAAAGUUUUAACACUUGUCUACUUGUCGUUCUCUUGUAAUCCGUCCUUUAAUAUUCAAAAUAAAAGGGGGCAAAAUCCUUCCUGUAUAAAUCUAAUCUAACUCAUCCAAUAUAAUUAUGAUUUUAAACAAAAAACAAUACGUUCUUAAAGGCAUUGGCUAAAUUAUGUUUUUGAACUGUUCAUGAUCACCCACAGAAAGCAAUAAGUUGCGGCUGCCGUCCCCCUUGAAGGCAAUUUCACUUUUCUCAAAGGAAAGUUGGGCCAGGAAAAAGAGCGAAAGACCUUCUUUCACCGUGCUUGAAGGAGAAGCCUUCUAGAGUCUUUUUCUACACCUACGCUCCACUCACAGUCGUAUUGCGGCGUUUUCUGGCGUACUCAUAAUACGUUUUGGCAGUGUGCAGUGAAUAUAGUUUUUCCCGUUGGGCUUAUUGUUGUUAUUGUUUUCUUAGAGCAAAAGCCGUGUUAAAAACAUUGUUGAAAUAAAAGGUCGAUUGUUGAAAUAAAAAAAAAAUGAAGAAAUCUCAAGUUCACAUCGAUAGCACCUUUUUGAUGCCGCUUAAUGUGGCCUAAUAGAGGUGUUAUUUACAGUAAUUAUAUAAGAUAAACUUAGGGACCCUAAACCACUUCCCGCUAAAUAGAGAGUUUCCGCUAAGUUAAGGACCGCUUAAGGCAUGUUCCACUAAAAAUGUCUUUAAAUUCUGGUGGCAUCCUCUCGAGGUAUACGCCAAGAAAAAAUUUCCGUCAAUAUUGACACAUUUAUCCAUCUUCCCUCCGGCAAAAUUCCAAUUUUUUUACCACAGGAAAUAUUUGUCUGGAUUAAACCAUUUUCAGGUUUUGUAACGAAAGACGAUCUAUUUUAACAGUUAAAUGCAUUUGUAGAAGUAUUUGGAAAGUAAUACUCAGUUUACAUAACUCUCCAAUUAUCACUUUGAAAAAGAGUGACAUGUUUGAAAUCAGUAUGACGGCUGGAUUUUCACUCUUGGACCGAAAGAAACUUUGUCACUCUCCAAAUAUCUACCUCUAAAAAUAAGAUUGCAGUAGAGUUAAAAUACCAACGAGCAAAAGUUUUCUCAUCGAUUUAAAAACUUGAUUUGAAUUUGUAUGAAUUUUAGAUACACAUCAUCCCUCCAUGCUUCUUGUACCCUUUUGGAAUUGAAGAAUAACAUGGCUGCAUGCUACCUUUUUAUGGCAUUCAGCCAUAGUAACCAACCGCAUGCUGGUUAGUACCAAAUCGUUAUAACUCAACCGGAAUCUUUUUUGCCAGUCCCAGCCGAAUAGGCGCCCAAGAAAACGAAGUGAACACAAGAGACACCGCUAGAAAGCUAAAAGACAUUUCAGUUUUGUGGUUUCAACGUAUUAGUCUUGGGCCGGCUAAGAGAUUGUUUGUGUUUACGAUGACACCCAGGCUCACCCAUUUUGGAACUGGAAGCGUUUUUUUCAGUUUACUAGCCCAUAAUGUUGCUAAUUACUUUUCAGGACUAGCCCAUAGUUUCCUUCGAAGGUGUUCAGAGUUACAUUUAAACCAGGACGAUGGCGUGUUUCUUUAUGGUCCCUUUUUUAUAUGUGUCAAAGCAAAACGGUUGAAAGCAUUUAUCCCAGACACGAGACCAUGAUUACUUCUUUCUUGCCAUGAGCGAAUUUACUCCUCUAAUUCCCUGGAUCCAAAGCUCGAUGCGUGUUACCUUUCGUGUUAGCCUGAAAAUUUUGUUUUACUCUAACGCAAUCGCUUCCUACUUGAUAAGCGCUUUAACAGUUCUCGUCUCCUAUGUGCUCUGCUAAGUAUUUGCGUGUGCACUUUUAAAGACAUGUUAUUAGUUCGUGUAAAAGGUAAACAAAGGUAUUAUCGGCCAACUAGGUCAUAAAAUGUCAUUUCGUUGGUUGUUUCACUAAACCCGUUCGUUCUAGCCGACAAUCCUCAAUAUUUUUUCCUCAGCAACUGUCUUCUUGGACCAGCAUUAGCUGAGGAAAAUUCCACGCUUUUAUUAUGCCUAAAGAUUGCCGCCUAACCGCUGCAAAGGGGCAACCUAACCUUUUGCCUCACCACCUCAUAUGCGUUGCUAAACUAAACUUCUUUAUAAGUCUUCGAGACUUCAGAAAGGACUGCACAUGAAGUAAAUUCUGUACUCAUCGAUGAGAAUCUGUCUCCUCAAGUUUAACUUGUGAUGAUGUACUAGCGAAGGGAUUAA